ACUAUCCAAAAACUUUUCCUUUUUUUCUCCCUGGAUGAAGACUUCUCUUCCUUUGUUAUAUUUACGUUAUAGGACGACGAAUACCUCAUCUGCCACCUACCAAACCCAAAAAGAAGAGUUUCAAAUCAAUCCAAAAUAGCAUCAUCGACUUUAUCAUCUUCCGUUUCUUUUAUUGCUUAUUAAAUAAGUACUCCUAUUAUUCCAGGAUAUACUCUCCCUCUCCCUCAUAAAAUAGUUGAGUUUCGGGGUCGGUGUUCUGGGUCUCAUCCGGUUUUAUUUCUUAUUUCAUUGCCUGUCUGAGAUUCCCAGAGAGAGUGUGAUGGACGGCGUUUUGGGUUCGGAGACGGAAAGCCACGUUAUUAUGGACGGGACGGUGAACAUUUUUCACGGAGAAAGGGAUGGCGUGUUGGCUGGCUCCACUGCUAAGCCUGAAAAACUAAUUAUCGAUACUGAUCCUGGGAUCGAUGAUACCAUGGCGAUCUUGAUGGCUUUUCAAUCUCCUGAGUUGGAGGUCUUAGGAUUGACCACAAUAUUUGGUAAUGUCUCCACAGAAGAUGCCACUCGAAAUGCUUUACUUUUGUGUGAGAUCGCAGGGCGUCCAGAUGUUCCUGUCGCUGAGGGCAGUCCAGAGCCUCUCAAGGGUGGAAUCCCAACUGUACCUGACUUUAUUCAUGGUUCUGAUGGAUUGGGGAACACAUUUCUUUCUCCUCCAAAAGCAAAGAAAAUUGGCAAGAGUGCUUCCGAAUUUUUAUUGGAUAAAGUAUCUGAGUAUCCUGGUGAAGUAUCUAUACUAGCACUAGGACCACUAACUAACCUAGCUUUGGCGAUCAAAAGGGACUCCUCCUUUGCUAGCAAGGUAAAAAGAAUUGUUGUACUUGGAGGUGCAUUCUUUGCACUGGGAAAUGUAAACCCUGCUGCCGAGGCAAAUAUCCAUGGGGACCCAGAAGCAGCAGACUUGGUGUUUACCUCCGGGGCCAACAUCGUUGUGGUUGGAAUAAAUAUUACAACCCAAGUUAAAUUCACAGAUGGGGACCUUCUUGAAUUGAGGCAAUCCAAAGGGAAGUAUGCUAAAAUACUAAGUGACAUGUGCAAAUUCUAUAGAGAUUGGCAUGUGAAGUCCGAUGGUGUCUAUGGCAUUUUUCUCCACGACCCUGUGAGUUUUGUAGCUCUAGUUCGGCCCGAUCUCUUCACAUACAAGAACGGUGUCGUGAGGGUUGAGACACAGGGCAUCUGUGCUGGGCAUACGCUGAUGGACCAAGGACUCAAGAGAUGGAACUCGAGCAACCCCUGGUCAGGGUUUUCUCCUGUUGCAGUUGCUUGGACUGUUACUGUGGAUGAAGUACUCAAUUACGUCAGACAAUUGUUGAUGAAAUAAUGAUAGAUACAUGGGACUUGCUCUUUGAAAGAUGCCUGAAACUGAAGAUGGAGGUCAGAUUCCCUUUGCUGACGGUCCCAGCGAUCCCGUUCCUUGAUCAUGAAACUGACACCGCAAGUUUUCUUCGGUAGGGAAGGGUCGGGACGUUAUUGUUUUCACAUGUGUACUUGUCAAAUUCUGUAUGGACCGUCCGAAACGUUCUAUGUCUCAUUCAAUGAAAAUAAUUUUGGGUUUUACCCGCAAUUCAUUCA